CAUUUAAACGAUUGGAUUAAUUACUAGGUAAUAUUGUAAAAAAUUUGAAACGAAAGUCUAAAAUUUGGCAUUAUGCGUAUUUAAAUCAUUUCCCAUUUUUGAGGUUUGCUUCAGUGACCACAAAAUAUUACUUAUGCGAUAAACCAGCAAAACAUUGUUAUGUAUAUGCGUAUACGUACGUAUGUAGUUACACGAGUCUGUAGUUUUUUGGCUUCUUUAACAAAGUUAGUUGCAAAUUAUGUAUGAGAAGGUCAACCAGCUUUUUGUUACCAUAAGUUUUCUUCUUGCAGACCUUGGUCAUGGCUUUCAUUUCAUAUGGGAUAGUCUUAUUCUUUUCGCAUUACAUUUCUAAGGUUAUUAUGAAGAUUUAACAAAAUCUGGUUUAGAUUUUAUUCUUUCUGCUUAAUUUUGUCGUUAAUAUUACAAAUUGACAAGAGAAAACAAACUUGUGCAAGUUCCUAGGCUGCAUGCUGCAAAAAAGCUAGGAAAUAAUGGCGACACGAAUAGAAAUGAUGGUGACACCAGAAAAUCGAUAUUCUGUGCCUGAAAAUAAACCAAAAUAUGGAAGAAGAGCAGUUGGAGGACAAAAGUCUUGUCAUGUUUGUGGAGAGCAAGCAAAAUCCUGUAACUACGGUGGAAUGUCUUGUCAUUGUUGCAAAUCUUUUUUCAGGCAUUUCGUACUUCAAAGGUUAAAGCCCAACUCAAAAAUCAGCUCGUGUAAAUACAAAGGAAACUGUUCAAUCGACAAAGUUUCGAGAAAGAAAUGCAAAACCUGUCGAUUCUACAAAUGUCUACAAAUUGGGAUGGAUGUCCGGUGGGUGGUGUCAGAUCAUGCCAAGAAAACCAAUAAACCAGACAAAAAAGAUGACAAAUUGACCCGUUCAUGUACUCCUGAGCCACGGACAGAAAAAGCAAUUUCCCCUCAGUUUAGAAUAUCUGAUGAAGAUUUGAUGAAAAUUGAAAAUCUUUCAAGGAUUUAUGAAAAAUCGUGUGAAGCAAUUCCCUACAAUUUUCCAUGUCGUGGUCAAAACGAGGUUUUAACCAAUACAAAAUCUAGGAUUUUAAUUAUUGGAAUAUUAUCGACGGCAAUUAGGAGAUUCGUCUACUUUGCGAGGAUGAUUUCUGAAUUUAAUAAUCUUUCAUUAAUCGAUCAAACAAAUUUGUUGAAGAAUUCAGUCCUUCAAAUAAUACUUUUAAGAAGUGCGGCCACAUAUCAUAUAGAAAGUAAUACACUAUUUCGUUUGGAUGAAAAUUACCCAGAAAAUUACCCAGAACUAGGGUUGGACGAAGUAGCACAUCUCUUCCCAUCAGACUUGUUUGAAAUGCACAUACAACUUUACUCGAGAAUUAAAAACAUAGCUCCUGACGAGAAUAGUAUAAUGCUACUUAUUCCACUAGUCAUAUUUUCAGACUCUGGUGGAUCUGAGGAGUCAGUGUUUGAUGAUCGACAAAAAAUUAACUCUGCUCAAGAAGUAUAUGCAGAAUUGUUGCAAAAAUAUUUAAUAUCAAAGUAUGGUAUAGCAAGGGGGAGACAAAUUUUUCCGAGGCUCAUCUCUCAGCUCGCAGAACUUUGCCUUGUGGGGCAGCUCCAUCAAGGACUUCCAUUGAAUCUGACCGAGGCUCAAGUCGAUAAAAUGCAUCAACAUCUUUGGAAAUUGCAAAAUACAACAAAGUCAAAUCAGUCUAAAAAUGAGGAUGUCAUUUCAUCUUCUGAAAGGAGAAAGCAGAAUUCAGACACCUCACCAACACCAAUUCCACCAGCUACAAACCCAGCCAUCAAAUCCCCACCUGAGAGAAAAUCGUAUUUUGAUGAAGGGACUCCAAGUCCGGAAGAGGCAGAAAGUUCUUCCAUUUUUCAACUGAUCCGGUCGUUUGCCAAUAUUACUGGUGAAACCAUAAUUAAACCAAAGUACUUUUCAUCUGGACCGCAUAUCGGCGUCGAAAAAGCCUUUAUGCGAAGAAUGCCGCAACUUUUGAUGAACCCCUUAGAUACCUUGGUUAAUAAUAAUUGAGAUCCGGAUAGAACAAGUAUGUAAAUAGUUUGGUGUAUACAUGAAUUUACAUAUUUACCUAUGUAUACAUAACAAAGGUUGAAUCAUUGUAUUUACAAUUUAUAACGCUUAUAAAAUAAUUAUGAUGAAUGUGUAUGAUGGCGUCAGUAAUUUAUUCUGUACAUCGAUUAUUGGUAAAAAUGCAUAUGUGGAAUAUUUAUUUGAUUAAUUAAAGAUACGGCAAAUGUAGCAUGUAACGUUCAAUUUGUUAUGCAAAUUUCGAUGCAGGUUGCAGUUUUUUGUUUAAAUAUUUUCUCUUGAAAAUUAUCUACACAAGCUUCGUUCCCACACACAAUGUGUGUCAACAACCUUUAAUGUUUGUAGCUGAAACUGAUAAAUUUUGAUCUGCUGCUCAUUUCAUGCCUGAGGAUAAGUUAUCUAUAUAUGUCUUGUAAAUAAGACAAUGAUAAUUCAGUUGCCGAAAUUGGAUCAAAUAAUUCAUACGAGUAAAACAGUCAGGAGUCUGGAAAUUCAUUCCAUCAUAAUUACAUAAGUACAUUAAGAUAACAUUUCAGAAUAAAGCAAGAUAUUCUUCAUUUAUAUUAAUUGAUCGGAAGAAUGGACACUGCCGAAGAAUUAUCAGAACCAUUUAAACUAGUUAUGCCACAAGAUUAUUCCAUUUUGACUGACAUUUUGAAACACAGAAUUCCCCAAUCUGGAGGUAUGUAUAACAUAGUUCGCACACUAGACAACCUUGAAGCAGAACAAAGUACGAAAUGUUUCACAUUGAACGGGGACUUGACUUCAAAUGCAUUACUUUUAAUUAUAAUUGAGACAUUGGAUUUCGGUCAGAAUAUUAGUACGUCGAUACCGGACGGAUUUGUAGCUGACUCAAAAAUAAAAGAGGCGUUGAGAUCUACGAAAAUAAUAAAUUGGAAGGGAUCCUACAUGUUCGUGGGUAUUGAACGAUCAUUAUCCAGCACCAUUUUGGACAUCGGAUCUUUCACCUUUGGGAACACAGUACAAUUAGCGCCAACCAAUUCUUACUGGGUGGAUCCGAAGAUAGUAGCUAGCCUCGAAUUUAAGGAACUACUAAAUCAAGAGGAUGCCGAUGGGGAGGAAGACGGUAUAUGCGUAAGAAAUCUUGACAUUGACCAGGGCACCUCAUUCAUGAUGAAGAAUUGGACCUACGCCCGGAGUGAGGCUGGAUUAAGGAAAAUGAUUUCAAACAAUAUUUCUGCCGGCGUUUAUCACCAAGGAGAGCUUGUAACUGCUGGGAUGCUUUCAAGUCAUGGUAUGUUGGGACCCUUAGUCACAUCACUGCCACACCGAAGGAAAGGGUACGGAACCAAAUGCGCCCAAUUUCUGGUAAAAGAAAUGUUAAGGAGGGGACUAUAUUUGAUAAGCUCGGCUGCUAAGGAGAAUGUUCGCUCUAUUGCUCUUCAUCUUAAACUUAUGAGCCUGACGCAUGAAUCAGAUUGGAUAUUUCAUACAGCAUUUGAUAGCAGUAAGUAAUGGUGGAAACCUUAAUUUGACAGUGUAAUAUUUAUAAAUUGAUUUUGAAUAAAUCAUUAUUUCGAUA